GUGAUAAUAAAAAAAUUUCGUUCUCUUCACAGACCUCAGGACAGAUUAGGAUUCAGAAUUGAGAAUUUCACAUUUUUUUUAUUUUCUGACAGUUUUUCAGUAAAAUUUAGAAAGUAAAUAAUAAAUUACAAGGCACUAAGUAUGGACAACAAGGUGAACGACUUUGUCAACAAAAUGGGAGCGGCUAAAGGUCUGGGCUUAGGCAUGAAACUGGUCGCCGGUGUUGGACUCGUAGGCUACGGUUUGGCCAAUUCCAUGUUCACAGUUGAGGGUGGUCAUCGUGCCAUUAUGUUCAAUCGUAUUGGUGGUAUACAAAGAGAAGUCUAUCCUGAAGGAUUACAUUUUCGUCUCCCAUGGUUCCAAUACCCAGUCAUCUUUGACAUUAGGUCAAGACCAAGAAAAAUCUCUUCACCUACAGGUUCCAAAGACUUACAAAUGGUGAACAUUUCACUUCGUGUAUUAUCUCGACCAGAUGCCAUUAAGCUGCCAGAUAUGUACCAACAUUUAGGUAUUGAUUAUGAUGAAAAAGUUCUUCCUUCGAUUUGUAAUGAAGUUCUAAAAUCAGUGGUUGCCAAGUACAAUGCGUCACAACUAAUUACACAAAGACAGCAGGUUUCACUGCUAAUUAGGAAACAACUUGUUGAUCGUGCUCGUGAUUUCAACAUAAUUUUAGAUGAUGUUUCUAUUACUGAAUUGAGUUUUGGUAAAGAGUAUACUGCAGCUGUUGAGGCAAAACAAGUAGCACAUCAAGAAGCACAGCGAGCUGUGUUCUUCGUUGAGAGAGCCAAACAAGAGCGUCAGCAAAAGAUUUUACAGGCUGAGGGAGAAGCUGAAGCAGCGAAAAUGUUAGGAGAAGCUGUUGGCAGAAAUCCUGGUUACUUGAAACUUCGUAAGAUCAGAGCAGCACAAAAUAUUUCUAGAACGAUUGCCACUUCUCAAAACAAAGUUUUCCUCAGUGGAAAUGGUCUUAUGUUGAACAUAAGCGAUCCUUCAUUCGAUGAACAAAGCGACAAAUUGAAAAGUAAGAAGUAGACUGGGUGCAUUUUUUUUUUAUCUCCUGUAGUACGAAAUUAUUAUGUUAACUGCUUUUAUAUAUUCCAUACACAAUUUUGUAUAGUUUCAUCUAUAAUUCAGAUAUACCUAUGGUUUUGUUUAAUUAGUUUUUUUUUUUAUAUGUAAUAUGUACUUCGUUAGAAGUGUAUAAAUUUAAAACUUAAAUAAAAAUAGUAUAUUAAAGACA